UGGAUAUGGGUCUUUCUUUUGCUUAGAAGAAUAACAGCGUUGCCGAAGUCACUAUUCAUUGACCGCUUUGUUCCCCUCAAAUCUCAAUGCCGUAGCACCAUAAAUUGCUGGAGGGCGAAGGCUGAAUGCAGAUAAUCUGGAGGGAAGGAAAACCCGGAUCGGAUAUCCAAUUCAAAUUCGUUCAGUUGACAUUCCUACCCUCAAUGCCGUAGCACCAUAAAUUGCUGGAGGGCGAGGCUGAAUGCAGAUAAUGUGGAGGGAAGGAAAACCCACAAGAGAAUCGAUGGCUUCCCGUCGUCUUCUUCUCUCUUAUUUUUCUGUUCUCUUUGUUGUUCUCUUCUUCUUCCCCGUCCUGACAUCCGCCGCCCGCUGCCACCCUGAAGACAAGGCCGCCCUCCUCGACAUCAAGAAGGCGAUGGGCGACCCUUACAUCAUCAUCUCCUGGGACCCCAAGGUCGACUGCUGCAGCUGGCUCGCCCUCAAAUGCGAUCCCAAGACCAAUCGCGUGUACGAUCUCGACAUUUCCGGCGACAACGUCUCCGGCACCAUCUCCCCAUCAGUCAGCAAGCUCAAGUCCCUCACCCAGCUCACCAUGCGCAAACUCACCGGCCUCACCGGCCCGAUUCCGACGGCCAUAUGUGACAUGACCACCCUCACCUUCCUCUGGCUCGACUGGAACGAGCUAUCCGGCACCAUCCCAGCCUGCCUCUCUAAACUCCGAAGCCUCACCUACAUCAACCUCUCCUUCAAUCAGCUAACAGGCGAAAUCCCCGCCAGCCUCGCCCUGCUCGAGAAGCUCGACGCCAUCUUCCUUGACCACAACCGCCUCACCGGGCGGAUCCCCGAGUCCUUCGGCCACUUCCGGGGAUCGACGCCGUACCUCCGCCUUUCCCACAACAACCUCAUCGGCGAGAUACCGCCGUCGCUUGGUGCCAUGAACUUCGUGAACAUCGACCUGUCGAGGAACAUGCUCGAGGGCGACGCCUCGUUUCUGUUUGGUUCGACGAAGCCCACCCAAGUUCUUGACAUCUCGAGGAACCACAACCUCAGCUUCGAUCUCUCGACUGUGAGCUUUUCCAAGACGCUCAUCACUCUCAACAUCCACCACAACAAGAUCUACGGCGCCAUCCCCAAGAGCAUCCUGAAGAUCAGCAACCUUCAGCAGCUCAACGUCAGCUACAACCGCCUGUGCGGCAAGAUCCCGCAGGGAGCCAACCUGAAGCGGUUCGACGAGUACUCCUUUUGGCAUAACAAAUGCCUCUGCGGCCCGCCCUUAACUCCAUCAUGUUCCUAAAAAUAUGGUGAACGAGAGAGAAACUAACGGAGCAUGCAGAUCAGAGCAGCAGCUGAAAGAGAUGGAAAAUGAACAGCCGAGUUCAGUAAAUAAAGCCGGGAUGCACUUUCUAAAUGGCAGUUCGAGAGCGACGUCAGCAGAAAGAGAGUGCAAUUUGCAAUAAAUAAAGGGACGCGUAUGUCUGUUCAUGUCAUCGGAGUACACUUAAUUUGUUUCCACUGUUCGAGUCGUGCAAGCUCUUUUGUAUUUCUUUCGUUCUUCGUUCAUCAUCUAUUAAAGUUUAAAGACCUUCUACUUGUUAA